AUGGCUUCCAAAGUUUUGAAGGAAGAUCUGGAGGAAAAUUAUCCAAGACCUCAAGGCAGACCCCGAAAUGACUACGAAGCCGCUCUUGAGAUUUGCCAGCGUGCUCUACCUGCUGAUCGAGGUGUAAUGCACUUUAGUGACGAAAUACGUAGUGUUAAUUGCUUGGGAGAAACUCAAACCAGAUUCAGAUACCGGUACUUGUGGGCCUUGGAUCGUGAUAAUUCCAUGGGGUAA